GUGACCACAGUGAGUGACCACUGGUGGUGGAGGCGUUGGUGUGAGGCUCAAACAAACGGCCCCAGCCCCCAAGCCUCUGUCUAAAACUACUUGAUAAUUCAGCAAUUUCAUUACAUGGUCAGGGGCCGUAGUGCACCCCAUCUCUUUUUACAAACCACAGUACUCGCUCCAAUUCGGUGUCAGUGGUGUCACUGGUCACCACUGGUUACCAUCUCACCCAUAGAUAUAUCUAUGAUCUCACCAUGGUUAAAUUCAAGAUGGCGGAUCAUAAUGCAAGAUGUCUGAAUUUAGCUGCAAGUGAGGAAUUUCAAGAUUUAACCGCUAAUGCUGCCGAGAGACAAAAUUUUGCUGAUUUUAUCAAAAGUGUUCACAGUAAUUUACGAGAAAAAGUUCGACAAGCUAAUGGAAACUUCACUUCAGUUUGGCAAGAACAUUUAACUAAUUCAUCCUUACUUGAACAAUAUUCAAAAUCCAUGAAAGCACUUGCUGUUAACCACUGGGGUGAGAAUAACCUAAGAAGAAUAGAAUGGUGCAAAGAAAUAUGUCUGGAAUAUUUUUAUCAUGGAGGUCGUGAGAAAUGCUUGCAGAAAGAUUGCAAACGGGUCCUUUUUAACUUGGACAAACAUCGGAAUUGCAAAUGUCAAUGUGAGGCUGAAGAGUUGCAAUCAAGCUUGAAUAGGAAUGACCAUCCACGGCAUCCAGUUAAACAUGACAAACUAGUUCUCUUGGAUGUUGGUAGUUGUUUUAAUCCAUUCCAAGCAUUUCCAGAUAUAUUUCAUUCCCUAGCAAUAGACCUCUGUCCUGCAGAUAAGUCUGUGAUUUCCUGUGAUUUCCUAUUCCUUGAAAUUUUAAAAGACAAUAAUAUAUCCAGCAGUGGCAAUUCAUCACCCUCCUGCUCUUUGAUACCUGAACGUUGCUCAUUACCAAAGGACAUGGAACGCUACAUCGAUGGUGACAAAAUCACCAAACUUCCACAAAACACUUUUGAUGUUGUUGUUUUUUGCCUGCUCUUAAGCUACCUGCCCGUGAGGGAACAGCGAUGGACUUGCUGUUUAAAAGCACAUGAGUUAUUAAAAGACAAUGGUUUGCUUAUAAUUAUCACCCCGGAUUCCAGUCACCAAAAUAAGAACAUGUCUAUGAUUAAAUCGUGGAAAACAGCAGUGGAAAGUAUCGGGUUUUUAAGAUGGAAAUACCAGAAAGAUAUUCACACUCACUGUAUGGCAUUUCGUAAAAAGAUUGGUUGUUCUGAGGAUAACAGUAAAACGAUUGAAGGGGGUUGUCCCGAACAAAUGUUGUAUAUUCAUCAAGAGUUGGAUGAGAAUUUUGAAUUGGAUAAAAAUGCCUCCAGUAAAGUGUAUGAUGAAGAUGAAUGUAGCGUAGUUGAAGGAUUUGAAGUCUUACCCUUUUCUUAGCAUUCUCGAAAAUAGCAUGAAAAACUCUUUGGGAACUUUCAUGAAGAAAGCAUUUUUGUCCGUACGAAUUUUGCAACAGGAUUAAAAGGAAUACUUUAAUAUAACCAGGAAGCAGCGUAGCAGCGUCUUCAAACAACUUUGCAUCAAUUGAUUUAUCAAUUGUGGUCAGUAUAACAACUGCCUAAAAUACACAAAAAAACUGGCUAUAUUGUAUGGUUAUAUUAAGGUGGUUCUCUUGGUGUUGGAGCCAGAGGCGAAGGUGACAACGACAGGACACGAAAGACGAGAUCCGGAUCGCUGUAUUGUUCAAACCUUAGACUUUAGUACCACGGCAACGAAGAAAACCUCAUGGCGACCUUUGGGGCGAUGUUGGAGAUGGCGGCCGUCAAUCCACGUCAAGUCAUUGACCAUUUGAACGUUGCCAGGCAGUGUCAUCACAUUGCAUCCACCAGGCGGAUGCACGUGUCUCAGUGGACCCUGGUGGACCGCAAGGCAUGCACGAUCGCCGUGAUGACGCCGCCUAGCAACGUCAUUUGAACACGACCUCCCUCGACGUGAUUCGGCAGGUGUUCCGCAUGCCAUGUUUGAGCCUGCUGGACAUCGGCUACAGAGCAGCAUACACAGAUAUAGAAUUUUUACUACUAGAAAAAUAAUUCCUCUAGAUAAUAAUUUUAGGGUUUUUAAAAUUCAGAAAUGUAAUAUCUUAUUUGAAAUUAGAAAUCUCAAAGAAACGAAAGAAAUCGCAUCUGCUGUUCUUUAAAUUUUUUUGGCAUGUAUCCUCGAAAAAUAACCGUGGCAAAAAGUCAGGCGAUGCAUUAUUGCGUUACAGAAUUACAUGGAUCAACUAACUAUGACUUUUGGUGACCUUUUUUAUUGGACUUUUGGAUUUGCGGCGGCUCAAACCACACUUUCGCCGGGACCAAUCAAGCUUCAUUCGACGUCGUAUUUACACGAUAUAUGCUUUAUUUACUAGGAACCAUGUAUCUAAAUAUAGCAACAUAUAUUAUACACUGAAAAG